GCGAAACAUGGCGCGUGCUAGGAGAGCAGCGCGAACGGCGCCGGAAGACUGAAGCAACACCCACGCCCGACACGGGGGACAUCGGGCCGAGGCGCCGAGAGGAACCAGAGGUCAUGCACACUUUGUACAGUGACCCAAACCAGAGCUACUACCGCUACGGUGGCUACUCUCCAUCGUCGAGCACCUGCAGCCCUGGCGCAUCGAGCAGCACCGCAUCUGUACUCUAUGGACCGCCACCGAGCCAAGAACCCAUGGCAGCAUAUCAGAGUCAUGGAAGGCUGGUCCGACAGCACCACCCUUAUGUGCCAUCUCCAUACACAGUGCCAGGAAACGCCACAACCAUGGCACUGCAGCCCCAGGCGCCGAAAGACAUGGUGAAGCCUCCAUACUCUUAUAUUGCACUCAUUGCGAUGGCCAUUCAAAAUGCCUCCGAGAAGAAAAUCACGUUGAAUGGCAUCUAUCAAUUCAUCAUGGACCGAUUUCCUUUCUAUCGUGAAAACAAGCAAGGCUGGCAGAAUUCUAUUCGUCAUAAUUUGUCGUUGAACGAAUGUUUCGUCAAGGUGCCACGUGAUGAUAAAAAGCCCGGGAAGGGGAGCUACUGGACAUUAGACCCCGAUAGCCUGAACAUGUUUGACAACGGCAGCUACCUUCGCCGCAGAAGGAGGUUCAAGAAAAAGGAUGUCGCAAAGGACAGCGCAAAGGAUGGCACUUUAAGGAAACAACCCGACCAAAUGCCUAGCAACCACAACGAUCUGGAGGACAAGAAGCCCGUUAUCAAAACAAACAGUGCUCCUUGUACUAACAAUAACAGCAGCCAGCCAGAUGAUGAGAGUCACCAUACGGUCACUCCCAAAACAGAACCCGCGGGGGACUCGUGUGCUCUGGCCUCUUGCAAAUAUGAAGGGCGGCCGUUGCACCUUAGUCACCACCUAGCAGAGCACCAUGGGACUUCCAGCGGAAACCUCGUCGUGGACCCAUCAGCACUGUCUACCUUCAGCGUUGACAGCCUCAUGACCCGUGAACACUCGUCGACAGAAGAACUGGCGCAAUACAACAGGAGCAACAUCUUCACGAGCAACCCGUCACUUACACCCUGCUCGAGCCCAUCGUCGAUAGGCUACAGCUGUUCAUCUCCCGGAUUGUACCCUGCAUCAGAUCGAACAGCUCAAGUAAUGGCUAUGAGUACGUCCACCGAUGAGAACCCAUCCAGUGCCACGGAGGCCACUCAGCAGUAUUCUGCAGGAACCAGAGCGGCGUGGUAUGCAAUGCAGCAGCAGGUGCUCGAGCCUGCUGAAGGCUAUUCCAGCGGCUUCCGAGACAUCUAUGCUGGGAACAGCGUAACCUCCGUUAUUGGAAGUGGGAACCAGGGUCAUUACCAAAUGGGUUUUCCUCUGAACAGCGGUUACCAGAGGUCAUACACUGCCGGGUACGACUGCACGAGGUACUAGCUUUCACUGGCGGCACAACUUCGACUUGGCCGACCAAUGCCGGACGUGGAAAAAUACACGAAGAGGAUGUUUACUGUCAUCAACCUUGUAAAAACGGAUGAUGCUCUCAGCUACAUUUGCAUCGCGUCCAUUCCGCCAUUCCGGAUACAAGGUGGUUAUGUCACUGUGUCAUAUGGCUAUCUUAUCCGAUAUACAAUAAAACGUAAACUGACAAUUUUGUGAACAAGAUUCUCUAUGCAGGGACAUGCGAUGUUUGAAAACAGAAACUAACAGUAAAGAUAGGCCUUGAUUUGUUCUGCUAUGUCAAAUAUUG